UCCAAUCCUUUGCUUUUCCAGCCGCGAUAGCAGCAACACACAACCAGGGAACCAGCAACACUGUCCCGCAACGAGCCAUGAAGCUUUACGGGAUGCAGCUUCUUCUGCUCCUCGUGGCCGUCAUCGCCGCCGCCGCUCCCUGCUGCACGGUGGUGCGCGCGGCGUCGAGGACAGCGCCGGCGAGGUGCGACCCGCUGGCGCUACGCCCGUGCGUCCCGGCGUUCAUCCUGGCCGCGGCCCCGUCCGACGAGUGCUGCGCCAAGCUCAGGGAGCAGAAGCCGUGCCUGUGCAGGUACAGCAAGAACCCCGAGCUGCGUAGGUACAUCAUCAGCUCUCGGGAUGGCAAGAGGAUUGCGCACGCCUGUCGCGUUCGUGUCCGGGGAUUCAGGUGCUAGGUUUGGGGGGGCUCCUGUUCGCGCGCGUCCGUGUCCGCGUCAACCGCGCCGUCCGCCGCAGGCCACGCGCCGACGCGGGCAACCUGCUUGUCCAGGCGCGGUGCAAGAGGUGCGGUGCGCGCCCAAGGCGUGGGAGUUCCCGGCGCUGCCGGACUGCGACGCGUGCGGGCACCGGGGAGCCAUGUGGCCGGAGAUCGCGGCCGACAAGCAAGAGAUCAACUGGCUGUUCCUCUUCCUGGGCCAGAUGCUCGGCUGCUGCACGCUGGAGCAGCUCAUGUACUUCUGCAUGAACAAAGGACGAUACCGCACCGGCGCCAAGAGCAGGGUGCUUUACAGCUUUUGCCGUUUGAUAUGGAAUGGUGCUAGACUGGUAAAGAUUAUCCUGCGCAUCUAGAUUAACUAGUAUCUAUCAAUCAGUGAGCAAUCCAAUAUAUUUUCAUCUAGGUUGUAUGUUAUUUUGUUGAUCCAGUAGUUUCAGUAGAUGUUAUUUAUAACAAGCAGUGUUUGCUUCAUUAUUAUUAUUGUUACACUGGUUGUAACAUUUACUAUGGUUGGUCUUAAUAUAGGGUUUGCAGUGAGCAUGCUUUUUAUGUCACUGUGUU